AGAAGAGAGAGUGAGUUGAGAGCUGAGAUCAAACUUCGACUUGAGAACACAGACAGUAUGGAGUAUCUCUAUGAAUCUCUCUCUUACACACACAUUGUCUCUCCAAAACCUCUAUUUAAACACGGGCUUUGCCCACCUCUUUCUCCCAUGCAACUCUCUCUCUCUCUCUACUUCAUCUUCAAACCACCCAUCAUCACUCUUCCAUAAUAACUUGUCUCUUCUUCACUUUCUUUCUCUAUCUUACAUUCUCUUCCUUUUAUAUACUUCACUACAGCAUUCCACUCUCUCGUUACCUCGCCAGUCGCCGCCUGUGUCCUGCCGUUUCUCUUCUCUCUUCUCUAAGCUGUAUAGAGCAUCUUAGUUUUUGGUAAAUAGACAUAUAUUGUUUCAGUCAUCAUUUCUUUUAUAACAUGUCUAGCCGAAGAUCGAGAUCAAGACCAUCAGGGAGUUCAAGAAUCACAGAUGAUCAGAUCCUUGAUCUUGUUACUAAGUUGCAACAGCUUCUUCCUGAGAUUGGUAAUAGGCGUUCGGACAAGGUGUCAGCUGCCAAGGUGUUGCAGGAGACAUGCAAUUAUAUCAGAAGCUUGCACAGAGAGGUUGAUGAUCUUAGCGAGAGGCUAUCUGAGCUAUUGGCGAAUACAGACACUGCACAGGCUGCCGUAAUUAGGAAUUUACUUAUGCAAUAGAGCUGAAAAUUGCUAUAGCUAGUUUGGAUUUCGUCUUACUUAAUUAAUUCCUUUGUACUUUCCUUCUUUCUUCUAGAUUUUUAUCAUCACCAGGUAGAGUACCCAGUGAGCUUGAUGUGCUUGUUCAAUGGUUAGAAAUUCCUUUUUGCAAGCUUUAUCAUCAGGUAGGCUAAGAAAUAUAAUAAAAGGGAGCUUCCAUUUUGCUGAC